AAACACAGUCAGCACUGAGAGACAAAGUCCACUUGUGUGGCAGUGGGAACAGAAAGGGAGAGAGGGGCCAUUUUGAUUCUAUGGUCCAAGGAAAUGACUAGUCUGAAGCGGCCUGAGCAGCCAGUACUGCGGCUCUACCAGAACUGCCUGAGGGGUCUAAGGAUAACUCUCGGGACAAAGGUGAUUCUCACAGAGGACCUUGAGAUUUCUGCGUUCUGAUCAAUGUCAAAUGCCACUAGAGGAUGGCCAAAGGGCUCCUGGUGACCUAUGCCCUUUGGGCUUUGGGGGGUCCUGUUGGACUCCACCACCUGUAUCUGGGAAGGGACAGCCAUGCCCUGCUCUGGAUGCUUACCCUGGGAGGUGGUGGGUUGGGUUGGCUCUGGGAGUUCUGGAAGCUCCCAAGCUUUGUUUCUCAAGCCAACAGGACCGAGGGUCAGAAACAGAGGCCAGGAGAGGGGAGGCCAUCUCUGAGUCUCCUUCGCUUUGCUGGCCAGAUGAUAGUGGGAAUCUAUUUUGGUCUCGUGGCUCUGAUCAGCCUUUCUUCCAUGGCCAGCUUCUAUAUUGUGGGCCUCCCACUGGCAGUUGGCUUAGGGGUCUUGCUGGUGGCUGCUGUUGGCAACCAGACAUCAGACUUUAAGAAGACUUUAGGAGCCGCCUUCCUCAUUUCCCCUGUAUUCUAUGGCCGCCCCAUAGCCAUUCUACCCAUCAGUUUGGCUGCCAGCAUUACAGCCCAGAAGCAUCGCCAGUACAAAGCUUCAGUGGAGUCAGGGACGAUCAGCGUGCGGCUCUACCAUCUGGGCUUGGCUUACCUCGCCUUCACAGGCCCACUGGCCUAUAGUGUCCUGUGCAACACAACUGCCACCCUGAGCUAUGUGGCAGAAACCCUCGGUUCCUUCUUGAGUUGGUUCAGCUUUUUCCCACUUCUUGGCCGCCUUGUGGAGUCUGUCUUCCUUCUGCCUUGCCGGAUCUGGUGGCUUCUGGUUGGGGAUCCUGGCUUCAAUACCAGACAGUUCCAGGAGUGGGAAAAGUUCUAUGAAUUUGUUGACAGUUUUCAGGAUGAGAAACGUCGGCUGGCUUACCAGGUUUUGGGCCUUCCAGAAGGGGCAACCAAUGAAGAAAUACAUCGGAGUUACUAUGACCUGGUGAAAGUUUGGCACCCAGACCAUAACCGGCACCAGACAGAAAAGGCCCAGAGGCAUUUCCUGGAGAUCCAGGCUGCCUAUGAAGUCUUAAGUCAGCCCAAGAAACCCAGAGCAUCCCGGGGGUGAAGAGCAACAUCUUGAGGAAGGACUCACUCUCGGCAGAGCUGGGUGGCAUAUUCAAAACCUGGUGUCCCAAAAGUGUUAAGGAAGCUGUUUGCGACAGAGGAAAACUUUAAAGGGAUGAGAAGUUUGUGGUAGAAAAUAUAUCUAUAUUCUGAAUUUCUAAAUUCUUGGCAACUGUGUUCUUGAUUAUAUUUUCUUAAUACCAUUUAGUGAAAGAUAUAAUAUCAAUAAAAAUAACUUUCAAAGAAUA